AUGGGUGCCUCAAGUUCAAGAAGAUUUGGCUGGGCAGCGAAAAUUUCACGAGAUGCAAAACAAAGCUGCUUAAUCUCGGACUCUGCAAGCUGCACAAGUUUCCCUGGCUUUGAGGAUCGUACUUCAAUAAGCUUCUCAAUAAUCCUAUCCAACGCCGCAGGGUCCAUCGGGUGCCCUGUCGUCCACCACAAUCAGUCAAUCACCUCCCUUUGUGCUUUCUCCCCUUUUGGGCAUGUGCGGGGACUAUUUCAUCUGUUUCUCUCUGUUAAUUUUUGCAUUAACCACACUCUAAAUAGCCCAGAGAUGGAACGAGGGAUGCCAUGGCAAGUCUGGGUGCCUCGGUGGCCUGGGAGAGUGUCAGGGAGGUGGUGUGCAGUAGAAGCUACUGAGAUCGUAAUGAAAACGUGCACCGCAACCACAGCGGCACCGGAGAAUGAGGUGUCGCCGAUGAAUGCGAGUGAUUCUAAAUGCGAUGCAACUCCUGCUGCUUGGCGAUGGAUCCAUUGUUUUCUUAAGUAAUUAGCCUCGGUUGCGCGGCUGCCCUGACCCUCAUCUUCAUCAGCGGCUCCCUCUUCCUCCACGACUCUCAUCGAGCGCGGCUAACCGAACCGUGCCCUAGCGGUGCUCCGCGAGGUCCGUGGUGUGGACUUUGGCCACUGUCAGCAUGGCGAAUUUGGCCAGUAGCCCGUGGAUGGACCUCCUGUCGGGGAAGCAAGCAACUGCCCCACCUAAUGAUGGUGGCGGCCAUCCCCUUCUUCCAACAGCUGACUGGAUGAACAUCUUCAUGUUCUGCGCACCCGUUCACCAAAAGAUAAUCAACAACAUCCCCGCGUUUUAAAUGACCAAAUGAUGGGUAAUAAUGAUGACGGCGAUCAAAUGGAGCAUAACUUGAUAUACCUCAAUUCUGGACCCCAGACAAGCUCCAACUAACCAACUAACCAGGUUUCAUUUUUUUUAUUCAUUAACUACACUCAUUGGUCAUGUUAAGAAUUUUGUGCUUUUGUGAUCUUGAAGAUGCAACAUCUUGUCUCUUAUCUUGGAAGGAACAAGUGAAUAAUUUGGUUG